CAAGUAUUCAGUUUGUUUUAUAGUUGGCUUCUACUUCCACUUUAUUUCCUGUGAUAAUGGUAUUGAUUUUAUCUCUUUGUAUGUAAUAUUUCUUCGCCUUCAACUCAUCAUGCUGUAAUUAAAGUGUUAAGACCAAGAGACAUUUGACCUGUCAUCGACAUUUUGAUGUGUUGAAAAUUGUUGUAUAUGAAAUCAUGUAAUUAUAUAUUUAAGUAAUAUAUGUAUUAUUGGUAACUUCCCCCACUUUUUCUUAAAUAUUGCACUUACUUAGAAGUAGAAUUGCAUAACACUAAACAUACUAAUUCCUAACUUUUACUAAACCUUUGCAGCAUUGGAUAUAAAGAAUGUGUUUUAUACUGUAUUCUCUCGUCCACAACUCUCUGACAUGUUUUUGCUUUUAACUUGCUUUCCCUUUGCUUGUAGCCUAAAUGCAUGCCUUUUGCACUUGGUUUCUGCUUUUUGUUCUGAUUCUGAUUCUUAAAGUAGAGAGAACUUUUAAGAGUCAAGGUUAUGUUUUUGGUUUCGGUGGUUGUCUUGUGAUGAAUACUUGCACCUUAAUGGGAGAGAAAAAACGCACGCCUCUGCUGGAACACUUGUGCGUACACUGUGCGUACAUGGGGAAAUUUUGUUUGCGAAUCUCAUGUGUAUGGGUUUGUGCGGACUUGUCAUUUGCCGAGCUACAUUGCCGAUGCUUUAUGCGAAGUGCUCAUUGACCCCGUUGUGGAACAUGGCUAAGUCGUGCUGCUACACUUGCCUUUCUACAUCUAGAGAAUGUGUUCCUUAGGUUUAUGAGAGAAUCUGAGAGCUCAUAUGAAUGUAACUUGUAGCACAGCAAGCAUGAAUGGCAUGGCCUUAUGGCAAGCAUUUUAAAAUACGUAAAAAAUGACAGAUUUCUGUGAGUUCUUGCUUUUUUGUAAACCUACUGUAUUUUGAGUUUUGUUGAUCUGAAUUUUGAUAACGGAAAGAGAGGAACCUUUCUUGUUAAAAAUGGAUUAGAAUAUAAUACCAAUACACAAAGUAUGGACAGACAUUCAAUGUUAUUUACACUUUGCAUACACUCUCCUCAUUUGCAAUUGCUCACACUAAUUUAUUGAUAUGAUUUCUCUUAUAGAAUAACUUCAACUCAAGUCCUCAUAAACAAAUAUAGUAUCUUACAUUCAUAUACUCAUACACUCUCAUACAAUCACUCAAAUUCAUAUACUUUUAAACACUUGUGCCAUCACACACACUUCUAUUUUCAUCUUUACUCAUAGGCAAAGAAAGGGGAAAUGGUGUUGUACAACUACUUUCUGGUAUUAGAAUAAAAAGUAAACUAAUGAUUCAAGCAUCAAGCAGGUAAAACUUAGAACUAAAAAAAUAUUGACUUGUUUAGGAAAUAACUUGCAGUCGUCGAAUAGUGAACAGUGGCACAAAUUUCCUUCGUGGUUAAUUGGGGAGUACAGUAAAACAGUAGGAAAAUUAACCUAGAACGUAAAAAGUAUUUUAAUUGUUAUUCUUGAAUCUUGAACUCACAUCCUCCAAGACUGUAGAAGGUAAUGGGGUAGCACUGAGCCAAAAAAAAAAAACAAAAAAAAAAAAAACACACAAGAAAAAAAGUUUGCUGCGCGCAUCACUCACACAACUGCUAAUCAAAUUACAUCGUAAGUUAUGAACCACAGCUCUUUUACUAGAGGGGGAACCGAGAGUAUUUCAUAUCCAAAAUAUAUGGCCUCUUCUAGUUGAGGCAGAUCCUCGUUUGGGUGAUGAUACUCCUGGCCCUGACCUACUUGGUGGUGAUAAUACGUGGAUUUUGGUAGCCUAAGAUGAUGAGACCGCACGAGCCUGCUGCUCUACUCGCCCAUCAGCUGUUUCUAGGCCAGAUGAGAAAUGGACCCCAAACAUGGCCUAUAAAUGGUCACGGGUCAAUAGAUUGGAUGCAACAGUGUGAUGGCGAGAUGUCUCCUCGGCAGUACACAGCUCUCAUACGACGAGCCUCCUCCCUUCACUAUCGCCCUAAGCACUUCCUAAAUCACCACAGUGGUGGAUCUGAUCUGACUGACAAGACCAGUGAUAGGGAAAUUAUAGUAAAGACUGACCAAACUUGCGCAUCCACAGACAAAAGUUCCUUGCUAGGGAUAAGGUGCUUGGAUAGGCAGAACUCAUUCAAAGACAACUACAGUAGGGUGCAAGCCAGUUCUGUGUCCUUUAUGCCAAUUAAUAUUGAGGAAAAUUCCAAAUUCCCUCAUGGUAGAAAUUGUAGAUUGGCUCAGAGUUUCAGACUACCCAACAGUACUGCACUUGUAAAGCAGUUUAAUAACAUGAAUAUUAAUUCACAGAAUCAACACAAGGGUGAUUCAGAGCCUAAACUAUAUGUAAAAUUGUCUAGUAGUACUCAUCUCUCAGAGAGUAAUGACUUCCAAACUCAGGAAUCUUCUGACCCUAAAUACUCAGCCAAAGAUAUCAGUAACAAAGAAGUGAAGCUCCGAAAGUGCAAGGCAGUCAUGAAUCUGCAAUUGACAAGAGAGACUGAUAACUUCUCUCCAGAGAAUAUUGCAACAGGCAGUGUCAAUGGUCCUCAGACUAUGCAAUUAGACACAUUACAUAAAACUACAUCAGCAAAGACUUUGAUACCUUUACUUUUCUCUACAUCUUCGUCAGUGAAAUCUCGCUCUCUAACCUGUCUGCCAUCUUCACCCUCUGGAGUACUAUCCUCCCCAACCAUACACCCUUCUUCCCCAAUUUAUUUCAAAUCCAUCCCUACAGAUUUACCUUCACCUUCUUCACCUCUGCCUUCUCCAAAGGCCAAUCUUUCACCACUGCUCUCCAUGAUGUCUUUCACUCACUAUCAUCCAACUUCAUCUCCGUCUGUUACAACAUCUGUACAGCCUUUGUUCCUGUCCCCUUCUGAUAUCAAAGCACAACCAAAACAUUUAUAUGAAAGACCAUACUAUGACUGUGGUUAUGACACUGACUAUGACUCGACUCCACCCCACUCUAGCCCAGAGUGUGAUGAUGGAAAGUUGAAGGCAAUAGACUCAUCUCAAGUAUGGAGCCGGUAUCUUGCAUGGCUCCAUCGCAUGACUAAGACUCAGAGCUAGUCCAUAUUGGACUUGACUAGAUGUCUGGUAAUCUUACUUUUUUUUUUUCCCCCUUUUUUUCAUUUUGUACGGAAUUAUGUAAAUUUAUAAUAUAGAUACUGUUUGUAUGUAAAACUAACAAGUUAUUAACAUAGGAUUAACCCAAGCACUUUUUCUUAAAUGAUAAAUCUGUUUAGUUUGUAAUAUAUAUAAGGUUUUGUGAGGAUGUAAAGUGUCAUAUACAAACACUGAUUUGUAUUACAGAAGUGUAAGUUUUUUGUACAAGUUGGAAAUAAAUAAAUAUUAAAAAAGUACAUGGCAGUUUUGUAAACUUGUAAAUACCAGUGGCAUGCCAACGCCAGUAUAUUGCACAAAAUCUGCACUGUAGUUAGACAAAGAAUGACACAAACCACGAAUGACACCAUUGACUGAAUUUCUUGCUUUUACUUCUGUAAUCGACUCAAUUUGACAGUAGUCUCUUCCUUUGGUAAUAUUUUUCUCCCCUGGUUUCCAUGCAAUGUCCUCUUCUUUCACUUUGGAUAUGCACUCUGAUGAUUCUCUCUUGUAUAUAUUUCAGAUCACUUUAUAUCUUCUUUCUGAAUUAUUUGAAUAUGUGGAUGUGUUAUUGUAUAUCUUUUUUACAGGAUCAUUGGAAGUAGCAUUGGUGUACAUGUUGUGGUGGGAAAAAAUACUGAAUUAUAUGUUGUUUGUUACGGAGCUUUUAGUAAAUAUGGUAACAAUUUAUUUGCAGAUUCAGUUCUUUUCCCCAGCAAAAGGGUAUACCUCCACACAGAUAUAUGGUCAUAUUUAUGUAUAUAUCCAUAUAUGCAUACAUAUGUACCUAUGGUAUAUAAGAUAACAAGUGAAUUAACUAUUUAAUACUUAUCUCUCUCCCCAUUGUAUUCAGACAUAAAUAAUUCAGAGGUGAAAGUUAACAUAUUCAGUUUUGUCUUUCCAGUAUUUGUUGCCUCCCUCUAGCACAGCUCUUCUUCAGGUGUAAUGGUCACCGUAGUUUUUAAUGUUGUAGAUGCCUAUUCUGUAACUGAUAGACCUUCUUUGUAAUAUCUCUGUGGAAUGCUUGUGAUAGACCCAUAAUAAGAAGGAUACAUCAGGGUUGCCCCCACAUUGAAUGCCUCCCACAGAGACUCUAUGCUGAGGCUGAAGUGGCCUUGUGCUGGAAAAAGCAGGGUCUUUCGCUGUCACUUCUCCUGCUGGGCAUGGCACAUGGGUGAUGGUAGCACAUGCAAUUC